GCUUCCCCCACCCUCAGGGGGGCAGGGUCCGGGCCUCCCAGACCUCGCAGCACUCAGCCCUGGCCACAGAGGACGCCUUGCAAACCUCUCUGCAGGUAGCCGCCACCCCAUCCCUCCUCUCGGGCUCUGCUGGCCCCCGAACUCUGGGCCUGUGCCUCUCCCUUCCCACCCCACCCGAGAGGUGAGGCCCAAACAAGCAAAGAUUAACCAAAACUGACAAGCAGUGAUUCCCAAGGCUGUGGCUGAGCCACGAGCACCGUUCACCUUCCCGGCCUCCUGAGGGCAGAUCGGGAAACUGAGACUGGGGCGGGGUGGGGGGAGGUGCCCGACAUCUUCCUGACCCCGGACGACGGUCCGGCUGGUCUUCACCAUCUGUCUUUCAGUUGCCAGUGCUCCCUGCCCCCUACAAGUCAGACUGGCCGCCUGGCCCAGCUGCGGAGCCCAGAUGCCCAGCCCGCCAGGCACCACUCACGCUGACCCUGGGGACCCACAGCACAGAGCCUGGGACCUGGGCCUGCACUUCCCCAGGCCUUCUCCCGCCAGCCUGUUCAAGGAGGGGGGAUGCAGAGUAACCGGCGGCGGCAUCGGCGAACAAUUCUGGAGGAGUGAUGAUGACCACGGACACAGCCUCGCCAUUCAGCUCCUGGUGACAGAGCUCCAUCCCAGUAGCUGCGGACGCCGGCAGGCCCAGGACGGCAACGGCGCGGCACGCACCUCUCCUGCCCCUGAUCUCCCUGCUCGCCAUCACUGCACCUCUCCGAGGCCCCAGAACUUCUCCCGCUGAGCCCCUGGCGGCCACGAUCAGUCAGUCAGAGAGGCCUGCGGGCUGGGGCCUGCGGGCUGGGGCAGACCUGAGUCCCCGCUCCAGGGGCCUGGUGACCUCUGCUCCCCGAGACGGCACCUCUUGCUCUCCCAAUCCCAUCCCCUGCAGCCCCUGUGGAACACUGCCCCGAACUGCAGACACAGCUUUCUAAAAGCACCCUCGGCGUGGCUCGGAGAUGUGUUUGGAGCUGUCCAUGAGUCUUUCCAACAUCACCAGGGAGACGUCAGGCAUGCCAAGUCACAGACGGCUCGGCUCGCCAAACAGGUACACCUAGCCCUGGAAACAAACCACCUUCUAGAGGGACCGGAAGGCUUCAGGGAGGAAUGGCCCCUUCCCUUCCCGAGGCCUGGUAUCACUGCCCAGAGGGCACCUCAGCCCUCCUGCCCUGGGAAGGGGCUGGCGGGAGGGCAGGCGACCUGCUGGUCUGGAGCAGGAGGGCUGUAUCCAGGCCACCACCUUCAGGAGGACCGGAAGGCCCAGCUGGACACGCUGGGGACACACUCGUUUCAAGAAGCUGACAGGGCAUCGCUUGGUAGAGUCUGAAUUCUUUUGAACACAAGGGAAGGUUGGCUGAAAGCGGGGAAUGUCCAGGGCGGCCACGCGAAGGGAGACCAGCCUAACGCCCCUGCACGUACACACACGGCAGCACGAACACACGCACACACACACGUGCCCACUUGCACACAUGCACACACAUGCAGCCCAGACCGCCAGAUCCCCCUCCACUUCUGUCCACCAGGCCCAGGCCUCCCACACCCGGGGCUGUCAGAAAUUCCACCUUCUGGGGACCUUCGUGAGUACAAUUCCAGCAGCCUUUAAAUCCGCCUAAGAAAAUAAACAUGCCCUCUCCCCAGCAGAGCCGGCUCAGGCCAGGGUCUGCCCUCGUCGCCUCGGGCCCCGGAAUCCUGGCUGUGGGCCCACCCCUCCCCGCCACCAGUGCCAAAAGGGGAUCCAACUCGGCAGACCCUGGAGGGCCCCGGCCAGUCCACUCACCCUCCCAGCCCACGCGCCCGGGGCCCAGCCCAACAGCACGGGGAGAACCCAGGGCGCGAACUGCCCUCUGCCUCCCCGGGUGCAACCAGUGCCCACGCUAGGAAGUGGGGGCCCCGUCCCCCAGGAGACAAGGAAGACGGGGAAGACCGCGCUGAGACCCGCUGCCCUGGGCCGGGGAAGAUGAGCAGAUGGGGCCGACGCGCCCAAGGCGCUGCAGCCCACACAGCUGCCCCCGACCCCCGGGAUGCGCAAAUGGAGUGGGCACCUCGCGCUCCCAGAGGACCGCGCCCCUCUCUGCGCCCCAUACAACGUGCAGGGGACGCUAAGGACCGACGUGGAGCCACUCCCCGUGCUGGCCCCGCACUCGGCCCCUCGGUCGACCCCAUGACACCCGCACCCUGACUCUGUUUCGCACGGGAGACUGCGGCUGAGUCAGGAGGUAGCUGCAGGACGUGGCUGGGGCACGCGGCCCCCAGCGCCCGCCGGCAGCCGGGGAUCAGCGCCGGCCCCGCCAAAGGAAAACAAGGGAGGCCCAGCAGAGGGUGGCUGGAGGCUGGGUGGUCCAGACACUUAGCCUCGCACGGUCUGCUCUGGGCGCGCGGCCACCUCUGCCCGCCGCUGGGCAGAGGCGAGGUGGGGAGGGGCAGGGCGGUGCUGCCAAGCCCUGGGUCGCCCGUCUGUGGGCCCGGAGUGGGACCCCUGCGCCCUCCCUGGUGCCCGAGACGCACCCGCGGGCCCUCAUGCACCCCAGGUGGGCCCUGGCGAGCGGCCACCAGGCCUGGCUGGAUCCCCCAGCCCAACCCCGCUGGGGUGUCCGACCCUCCCGUCAGGAGUGGCAGGGUCCAUCCACGUCUAGGCUGCCCCACGGCCCGGGAGGCCUGGGGGCGGCUCACCUGCCCCCUGCCUCGCCACGUUCCCAUCACACCCCUGGGCAGGCCCAAAACCCACUGCAGCCCUGGGACCAGGCCCUCAAGCCCAGAACACUGACCCCUGGCUGUAUUCAAGCCCCUCACACAUCACUCCUGGGACCCUCCUGCGGGGCCGUCAGGGCUCCAGCUCCCCACACAUCAGGCCUCCUGACCAACAGGAAGCCAGACCUCAGCCCCCCAGGCUCUCCCCGUCCUGACACACGUGCACACCUGCACACUCACACAUGGGCACACAGAGACCAGAAUCUACCACCCCCCACCCCGCCACAUACAGACCAGAACAACCCCACCAACACACGCCAGCCACACACACCCCGCCCCCGAGAGGCCGGGCCCACAGCCUCUGCAUGGCCGCCCCAGACCUCCCCGAGGCCCCGCGCACCCUCUCACAGACCCCACCAGGCGCCGUUCACCUCUCAUUUGAUGCUUAACAAUUCAUUCACGGCUCCAGAUUGGCCAUUACACCUCGGCUUCAAUUAAAGAGGCCGCACGACGGCAUUUUAAACAGCAGUGUCAUUUCCUAAUUGACGAGACUCCAUCAUCAAAAAAAAACACUCAGACGGGCCUGAAACGGAGCCGGCGCCCCUCCUCCACCCCCUCGGAGCAGGCGACGAAGGCGGGGAUACUAAAGCGGAGCGGAGAGGCCCUGGCCGCCCUCCCAGGGCCUCUGCCCACUGUCACCGAGGAGCACGGCAACGGCCAGGUGAGAGAGGCGUGUGACACUCGGCCUCCGGCGGUGGCAGUGCAGCCCCUGCCCCCUCACGGAGCGCACAGUACAGAUGAGGAGGCAGAGCCGGAGAGAGGGGCCCCAGGACUCAGCUCCCCGGAAUGCGUCCCCGCGUGCAGCAGGGUGGGCGAGGACCCCGGCCCACCUCCUUCCCGCCUGCCUCCGAACAGAGGGUGAAAACAUUCCAGAUGAGCAGCCCCCUGGGUGGGAGGGGUGGUGAACCAGGCCGCCAUGCCCGGCCGGGCACCGAGGGCAAGGUCCUUCCAUUUCCUGCGCAGGCCACACGGUGAGCACAGCCAGAGGACACAUCUGUGGGCCUGGCACCAUCGCUCCUGGGCAGCUGGCCGGCUGCCCGCUGUGCCCUCCGCAGGGGAAGACCCUGGACGGAAACUACGGGCCUCUGAGGAGGAUGACCCCGCCACAGGCAGCCCCGCGGAACCCCCAGCCGCUGACCCAGCUGCGAGACCAGGAUGGCCAGCCUCCUCUACAGCUGCGGGAACUGAGGCUCAGAGGAGCCGGGGGUCUCUAACGCCAGUGGUGUGUUUGGCCCUCCACCCUGCAGUGCCAGCGCCCCCAGCGCUCUAGAAGGCCCAUCCCCCCACCUCCCCCUCCCUCCCCCACCCCUGCAGCACCGUGGCAGCUUCCACGCAUCCUGCCGGGCGAGCCUGACACUGACCAGCUGCCCAGCCGGCCUGGACAGGUCGUUUAAUCAAAGCCUGCGAUCAGCACAGCCCCUCCUGAGAUCGCUGGGCAGAUGCACCCGCCCAGCCAUCUGGCGCAGCCACUCUUUCUGACCCUGGACCCGCGCGUACCCCGGACAGAGGCGUGAGUCCAGGGCCCGGGGAAGGGGGCCCAGCAGUGCAGGAGGCGGACAGUGUUACGGGCAGAACGCUGGUGUGUGCUGUCAGCCAGCCGCCAGCUGUGUCCCUGCCCGACCCCCCGAGCCAGCUGCCCUGCCCGCCUCUGAGCAGCCGUCCUGGGUGGGCACGGCCCAGGAGCUCGGCCCUGCGGGAUCACGUGCAGAGCUGUGAUCGUUGGGUUCACACCCUAGACACACACUCAAAGCGAAUAUGGUCAAAUUCUCAGACACGGAGAUACACACGGCCUCAGGGGGGACCGAAGACCCAAAGAGCCCAGCAUGGGGCCUCCGAUGCCGCCAGCCCAGCCCGCCCGCGCUCACCUAAGACUCUGGUCCCCGUCCCCUAAUGCUCCCUGCACAUAAUAAGCCCCAGGGACCGAGAGGCCACGGGCCCCAGCCCACCCGCUGUGGCCACCACCCCCAGCUGCAGCAGCCCGACACCAAGAGACACGGCCCGCUCGGUCCCACAGACCCUGAGACACCAAACCUCAUGUGGGCAUCGGGCCACCCGUGGCCCCCAGGUCAGGUCCCAGCCCACCAGAGGGGGCUGCUUCUCCCUCACCCCCUCCCUGGCCAGGCUCCUCAACCCCGACACACCAGCCCCCAACUUCAGAGCCCCCCCCCGGGCAGACAGGCCAGUCUCUGUCUGCUCUCUCCUGCCCCAUCAGGGAUGCCCCCCACUCCCCACUCACCAAGUCCACCAAGCCCUCCACCCGGGCCGGGUCACUCCCUGCCCAGAGCUGCCCAAGCAGGCGUCCGGGCACAGCAUCACAGGUGGGGGCAGGCGGCAGCCCCAGGCCCGGCCAACCCCCUCUCCCGGGAGAGCCUCCAUGCGGGCCCUCCUGGGCCGGGACAGCACUCAGGGGACCCCCAUCCCCACCACGAGUCCAGGGGCAGUGCAGGUCCCUGCCUGGCAGCAGCGCAACACCAAACAUCACCCACCGCCUCGGCACAGGCACUCCCUUCACUGCCUGCGACACAACUGGGUCUCCGACAUGCCUGCCCCCUCCCCAGAGCCUCUCUGCCCACUGGCACUACCCCGCAGCUCUCACGGGUGCUGGGCGGAGCGGGUGUCCAGGGCGCAGCCUUACUGAGGUCCAGGAGCAGGUGCUCCUGGAGGCCGGGGGGCCAGCGUUUGGGCACCACGCUCAGAAUUCUACUCUCACUCGGGGGCUGUGAGCCCCCCACCCAGGUCCCAGCUGCCCCCCGCCCCAGCACCCCUGGGAGGCAUCCUGGUGGGACUGGACACCUGACAGCGGAUGGACCCGGGACAGGGCGAGGGUCUGGACGUGCAGGAGCGGCCCAUCUCAGGAAGACAGCCUCACCUCAAGCGUCAUCCCACGUACCCAGGACUCAGCCAUUAUCACCGCAGGCCCCGUGCUCCUCUGGACGUGGGGGUGUGGAGGUCAGAGGCGAGCCCGGUUCUGAGCAACUAGGCCACGGAAGACUCCUCCAGGGCCCUCCCGCUCAGAGGACGCACCGACACUGUGACGGCCACCCCCCGCCCCCCAGCUCCCCUCCAUCCGGGCGGAGGGCGCGCCGUCUGCCCCUGGGACAAUGCUGGGGGGCGCAGACAAAUGCAGGCUGACCGCCCUGAGCCCGCAGUUAAUCUCGGUCAGCAGCGUGGCAGGGGGCGGGGUGUCCUCCACCCAGUGAUUUGCAUUUUUAUUAAAUCACAGAAAACUUAGACACGU